AGAUCCUCCCAGAGGACGGUUUGAAACGCAGGAAGGCAGAGAGGCACCUGGGAGGAAGCAGUGGGAGGGCAGAGGGCGGGGGCCGGGGCUCAGCCCGAAGACUUCGGGGUGGGCAUCCUGGGCAGGGCAAGUGACCGAGGUGUGGAGGGGGAGGAUGCGCCUCUCCAAAACCCUCGUCGACAUGGACAUGGCUGACUACAGUGCUGCGCUGGACCCUGCCUACACCACUCUGGAAUUUGAAAAUGUGCAGGUGUUGACGAUGGGCAAUGACACUUCUCCAUCAGAAGGCGCCAACCUCAACACAUCCAACAGCCUGGGGGUCAGUGCCCUGUGCGCCAUCUGUGGGGACCGAGCCACCGGCAAGCACUAUGGCGCCUCAAGCUGCGACGGCUGCAAGGGUUUCUUCCGCAGGAGUGUGCGGAAGAACCACAUGUACUCCUGCAGAUUUAGCCGGCAGUGCGUGGUGGACAAAGACAAGAGGAACCAAUGCCGCUACUGCAGGCUCAAGAAGUGCUUCCGGGCUGGCAUGAAGAAGGAAGCUGUCCAGAAUGAGCGGGAUCGAAUCAGCACUCGCCGGUCCAGUUAUGAGGACAGCAGCCUGCCCUCCAUCAAUGCGCUCCUGCAGGCAGAGGUCCUAUCUCAGCAGAUUACCUCCCCCGUUUCUGGGAUCAAUGGAGACAUUCGGGCCAAGAAGAUCGCCAGCAUCGCAGACGUGUGCGAGUCCAUGAAGGAGCAGCUGCUGGUGCUGGUCGAGUGGGCCAAGUACAUCCCCGCCUUCUGCGAGCUGCCCCUGGAUGACCAGGUGGCCCUGCUCAGAGCCCACGCCGGCGAGCACCUGCUGCUCGGAGCCACCAAGCGAUCCAUGGUGUUCAAGGACGUGCUGCUUCUAGGCAACGACUACAUCGUCCCACGGCACUGCCCGGAGCUGGCGGAGAUGAACCGGGUGUCCAUGCGCAUCCUGGACGAGCUGGUGCUGCCCUUCCAGGAGCUGCAGAUCGACGAGAACGAGUACGCCUGCCUCAAAGCCAUCAUCUUCUUUGACCCAGAUGCCAAGGGGCUGAGUGACCCGGGCAAGAUCAAGCGGCUGCGUUCCCAGGUGCAGGUGAGUCUGGAGGAUUACAUCAACGACCGCCAGUACGACUCGCGCGGCCGCUUCGGUGAGCUGCUGCUGCUGCUGCCUACGCUGCAGAGCAUCACCUGGCAGAUGAUCGAGCAGAUCCAGUUCAUCAAGCUCUUCGGCAUGGCCAAGAUCGACAACCUGCUGCAGGAGAUGCUGCUGGGAGGUCCGUGUCAGGCCCAGGACGGGCUGCGAGGGUCCGCUAGCGAUGCACCUCAUGCCCAUCAUCCUCUGCACCCUCAUCUGAUGCAGGAACACAUGGGCACCAAUGUCAUUGUGGCCAACACGAUGCCUACUCACCUCAGCAAUGGACAGAUGUGUGAGUGGCCCCGACCCAGGGGGCAGGCAGCCACCCCUGAGACUCCACAGCCCUCGCCGCCAGGUGGUUCAGGGUCUGAGCCCUACAAGCUCCUGCCAGGAGCCAUCACCACCAUCGUCAAGCCCCCCUCGGCCAUCCCCCAGCCAACCAUCACCAAGCAGGAAGUCAUCUAGCCGCCACUGGGGGUCGGGGGCUCUGCUGGCCCCCCAGGCCCCUCAGAGAGCCCCUGGUGCUGGUCCUGUGAAGGAGGCUGUAGAGCAGGGCAAUCCCAGGGCCACAGUGGUCAGGGUGAGAGCUCUCGAACUUGGACUGAGGCCCACAUACCAUUGUCACCCUUCACUGCUGCUCUGCAAGACGGGCCUCGAACUUGGGGAGACCCCAGCUGAAAGUCCUCUGCUGCCUUGGACAACUUCUUCUUGCUGAAGCCACUGCCUUCCCUGUCAUACAUAUCUACCCUCAACUCUUCACCCCCAAAGGACUAUUGUCUGGAGACAGGGGACCUUGCUUAAACAUGGUGCCCUCCCUCUCAGACUGGUACUUCUUCCAUCUCGAUACAGUCACAGAGUCCAGAUGCAGAGCCCUCUGAGGCGGGGUCAGGUCAUGCCACCUAGCCCUCUCCCCCAUUUUGCUGCCCCGACAUCCAGUGCUCAUCCAUCCCCCCUGUCACCGGCCUCAGCCAGUCUAGUGUCUCCAAAACUGUCCCCCUCAAAAGCUGAGGAGGACUUGGAAAUAACCCCUCCCCCAUUACCUCAUGAACAUAUUUAAAGCACUGACUGGGGUAGGCCCAGUGUAGGAGACUGUGCAGAAGGAAGACAUCAGCCUUCCUCCAGCCCACAGCCAUCUCUUCUUCCGGGCAUUGGGUGGGCCCUGGGGGUCAGGGUGAUGAGCCCUACAGGCUUUCAAUGACAAGAGAACAAUCCCAGGGGACAACAGCCACAGGAACUUAGAGGAAGGUCUGGGAGGUCGGAGAAAGCAUCGGAAGGAGGGGGAGGAUGCAUGAGGUCUUUAAGGUAGGGUGGGACUUGGUUGGUGGAUCAGGGGAGACAGGACUUUCCAAGGAAGGGCAGGACAAGGCCUGGAGGUCAGAAGAAGGGCGUGGGAGGGAGGAAAUGAGAAGACCACUGUCAGGAACAGAGGGGCCCUGCUGGACAACGGGGGCCUCAAAUGCCAGACCAAGGAGGUAGCCACGGCUCCUGUGCCCUGUCACGGGUUGAGAUGGGCAGAACCGAGCCUUCUGAUGAAUACAGCUGCCCAGAGAAUGAGAAGGUGGGGCGAGUGGUGUUCAAGGGGGGAUGGUGGUGAGAUUCAGGUGAGGGGGUUGAGGCUUAGAGGUGGAAACCUCAGUGGGUGCCCCCUCAGCACAGGGUGGUAUCAAGGAUGAUACCACCAGGCCCCCACAGGGCCUGUCUCAACUUUUCCCUUAGUCCAGGCUCUGUCCUAAGGCACCUGACACGCACCUGCUCUUUUCAUCCUCCCUGUUGCCCAGAGAUCAUUUUGGAAGAUGAAAUUGAAAUCUAAGAGGUUAGUGAUUUUCCCGGAACUCGCACAGCUACUCAUACAUAGCUGGGUCAGGACCUGGUCCCAGGUCUGCCUGGGUAGAACAGGAUCCUGAACCGCAGUGGCAGAAUGAGUUCUCCGCAAAGGCCCCUCUGUCCUCACUGGCCCAGCCCCUCAGGUAGGAAGAUCCUCCCCUGCCACAGAAGCUACAGUAUCUCUCUGGCCCAGAAACUCUGGCCUGCCCACAUCUGGGACUAGGAAAGGCCUGAAGCUAUAGUCAAGUCCAGUCGUUGUCCAGAAGUCUGUUUAUUGAUACACAAGGAAAAUUUCUAACUCUUGGGCCCCUCUUCUCUCUUUGCUCCCCAAGGAGGUGAAGGAUGUCAGAGGUCUGUGGCCUGGUUUGGUUGGGGCAGAGGAUGGGGUUAGUCUGGGUUUGAGACCUGCUCUGGGGAGCAUCACUUGAGGGACAUUCUGGAAACAUUACACCCCAGGAUGGGGCAGCCAGCAUUCAUCCGUGCAGAAUCUUGAUGCCUGGAAAAUUCUGGAAACUGCCACUGGCGGGUGGAUAUCAAAGACACAUGCCCUGGGACUGGAGCUGUGCUUGAGUGAAGAGCAAGAGGUAGAUUGACUGCUGACCCCUCUAAGUGGAUGGGGUGAUACCCCAGUGCCAGAAAUUCCAGCAGGGGUGGUUGUUCCUCUUUGCAAAAGGGGCAUGAAGGGUGUUGGGGCCGAAUGUCCAAGAGAAAUCCCUGCUUUUCCGGUGAGGUCAGGAUGGGCCUGUCCCUCUCCACUAAGCCAGGUCCUCGGUCCCAGGAGAGACUGUCCACUGCUCACACUUUCCUCCACCACCUCUCCCUUGGGUUCCCCAAAAGUCCCAGUUAGGGGUUCAGACUGGCCAAGGCAAGGUGGGGCAGUUGGAGUCCUGGUGGUGGCCUCGGUCGUUGCCACUCUCCUCCAGCCCUGUGCUGCUCAGGCCUCUGUCAUAGGAGGGAAGCUGAGAUAAGGAUCCCCUGGGACAGAGCAAGCUCAGGGUUGCCUAAGAUGGCAGCCAUCUUCUGGGUCUGAGGUCAGUCCGUUCCUGGAGGAGGAAGCUGUUCUGCUUUAAUAAUUUUAGUGACAUGGAGGAAACACAAAACAUCAAGAAGUUUACUUUUCUGAUAGUAAACCGAGGACACCAUCCAGGAGAAGUGUUCUCCCCCCACUACCUGGGUUGUGGCCCUAAAACAAAAUCUGAUGGGCUAAAAAGGGGUUGGGAGUGCAAACCUGGACCCCAAAUUCCUCCACUGAGACAAUGCCUUCCCUAGGCAACUCUCAAAGGCUUCCAGGAUGUACAUGACUCUUGUGAGAGUGGACAGAGACCAGGAGAGGGUUGGAAAUGGAUGCGCCUAGAUUUCUUAUGACCAAGCCAAGUGCUUUUGCCAAAUUGCUCUGUGAUUUUCCCUGAUUGGGAUGAAUUAUUCCGCAAGUUGUUCCGCAAGUGGGCUGUGUCCUGCCAGAAGGCCCAGCACCUCCUGUGGGUGUGGACAUGAUCAGCUCCUGUGCUGGCCCCUGAGUCCUUCCAACCUCCCCCUGCUCGCUCCCAUCACUGCUGCCCAAUGGGGCAAAGAAGCAAAAAACCUUUCUUACUCUUGUGUGUUUUAACAAAAGUUUAUAAAACCAAAUAAAUGG